AUGAAGUACAUGCACUGUCUUCGCGAAGGAUUGGAGCUCCCAGAGUUAGACCAAGGCAUUGCUUUUCCAGGGAUGGACUCUAUUGAGAAAGUUCUUGAGUUGGUGAAGAUUCUACAGUUAGAUGCUUACGAUGAUGGUAUUUUCAGUCAUGAAAAAGCGCAACAGCCAGAUGUAUGGCGUGCACGUGAUGAGUCAUUUGCUAGAAAGGAAAAGGAUACACACUGCAAAAAGAAACAUGGAAAAGGUGCACCUCCUCCUGAGGAUUCUUUUGUACCUAUGGAUGACGGUCUGUUUCAUAUGUUGAAUGUCAAUGGGAAGGUGGAGAGUUUAUUUACAGAGCAGCCCCCUGGUCCUGAACUGAAACUGGGUCAAGGGCAUGGGCGGUUUUCAAAUAAAGCAAAAGUUAGUUCUCCAAGCUGCUACGCUAGAAGGAAGAUGAGCACCCAAGGAUGGGACAACAAGAUUCUUCAUCUGAAAAGGUCUAUUUUGGAUAUGCCAAUGGACAAAUUGCUGCAUACCACCUUGGCGAGAAGACAAGUGCAAAUGCCCAUGAGGCUUCAUGUCAGCAUCAUAAAUACCUCAAAAAAUGAAAAGUUCUUUACAAAAACGACUACAUGGACAACCCAGAAGUGCUGUCCUUAUCGUUACCUCCCCAAAGACAAUAUAAAGGUUUUGGGUAUUGGAGGAACUGCGGAAUUUAUAGGUGAAAGAAUUAUACAAACCAGAAUGGUCAACAAAAGAAUGGCCAUGCUCAGGCCUUUGAUUCUCGGUAUGCACAUGGUGCAGACCUGCCCGCGGUGGCCAGGAAUGUUUCGAGCUGCUAACAGCAAAGGACACAAUGUUUUGCAUCGGUUUAUUCUAAGCCCGCAGAGUCCUGCACAAGGUGAAGUUGGGAGGUAA